CGCGCGGACGUGAUGACGCAGGAGGCCGUGCGUCUGCCCCGAGUGUGGUUCAGUCCCGACAAGCAGCGCGGCGGGAGAUGGCCCGGUCGUUGUCCUUGGCGUCGGUGUGGGUGCGAGGAGGCCUGCGUGGGCGGCGGGGCUUUGGGCCGGGGCUUCCCGGGGGAGGCCCCCGCUCAGAGGCUCCCGGGCCGCCGGCGGCGUCGACGUCGACCUACCCCGGCGUGGUGGAGUCGGAGUCGGACUACCGGUUCGUGGAGCGGCUGAUCCCCCCGAUGGCGGUGCCGCGGCCCCCGCCGCACCCCGGCUACCCCACGCCCAGCGGCUGGCGGCCUCCCUCCGACCCGCCCCCCGACCUCCCUUACUUCAUUCGACGCUCCCGGAUGCACAACGUGCCCGUGUACACAGACGUAACCCACGGCAACCGGCAGAUGACGGUCAUCCGCAAGGUGGAGGGGGAUAUCUGGGCGCUGCAGCGGGACGUGGAGGAGUUUCUGAGCCCUCUGAUGGGAAAGACGCCGGUCACGCAGGUCAACGAGAUGACGGGGACCCUGCGCAUCAAAGGCUUCUGGGACCAGCAGCUCAAGGACUGGCUCCUGGAGAAGGGUUUCUGAGGGGGCCGCAUUAAAGCCUCACAGACAACCUG